UCCUAUCGGAUUCAAGCAACAACUGAACAUAGCCUGGCUAUAGGCGGAUUUCUUGUGUUAUAAAAGCGGUCAAACGCAAAUAAGUUGGCAUAUUUUUCUAAUAUCAUUAUCUUUUUUAUUUUCUUUAACGCGCCGAAGUAAACCGAAACCGAUUGCGUAGAUAUAUAUAUUGUCGUAGUUUUUUUUCGGGUAUUGAAAGCGGAUAUUCGUCCUAAUCCAAUGGAUGAAGGAUAUUCGAAUAAUGCAACGACGUUUCGCGAAAGCCGUGAACCGGUGGCAGCCGUAGGCCGAAACCCGUUGGAGGCAUCACUUCUCGGACCAACAGCAACACAGAGCGUCCGGCGUCCCGUACCCGCAGUAGCCACGGCCGGUAUUCAGCGCAGAAGAGUGAUAAAGAAACAUAUCCAACAGAAGUAUAUGUUGUGUGGUUUCGUAAUACAUGCAUUUCUCGCCACACCCGCCUACUUGUACGGUAAUGUCGUUGAGUCCGACAAAGAUUUGGUGCUUCGCAUUUGGCCAGCCAUUGUAUACAUGGCUACGGGUCAGCUAUGUCGCAGUAUCCUAGAACAUCUAGAUACAGAGUAUCAUGGACGCACAAGGGAGACAAUUAAAUAUCGAAAAGUAUUUUUAUUGGCCACUUUGAUUACAUUUUGUUCUCUAAUGAUAAGCGGAAUAUUCUUUUCUUCGGCGUGGAUAAAAGUCACAACAACAACACAAAUAAUUGCCAUCGUAUUUUAUGGCUUCUUUGGUGGAAUCGGAGCUAGUCUAUUCAUAUGGAAGACACACGUCAUACUGGAAGCUGUGCGUCCACGAGAAGACAAAUUCGUUUGCAAGACCAUACAUUUGUGUGGCGAAGCCUUUUGCCAGUUAUUUUUAUCCUUCGCAUUUACCAAUUUACGCACCCUGUACGGCACUGCACAGUCUAUAGUUCUAAUGUCUGCCCUAUUAGUGAAUCUCAUACCUAUAAGUCUUAUUAUAACUCGGCACCGCGAAGGGGCCAUAACCCAGCGUAUAUCGGUAAUAAAGACCGAGGCCACUUUUACGCCUUUGCACCAUCAACUGGGGCGCUAUGCCAAUACAUUUGCCGAUCAGUUGGACGGCAUAGAGUUGCGAACAUGGAAAAAUCCUCUGAUGGAACAUCAUAAUAGUGUGGCUGCCAUGACAUUGGCAGCAGCCGCGGUGGAUAAUCAUCACUACAUGUUGCCCACAGACCAAGUGGAUGUAACAUUCAUCAAUCCAAAUGGGGUCGAAAUAAUGGAAAUUAUCCCAGAGGAGGACGAAACCGUGUCCGUAAUGCGUUCCAGUUCGGCUACAAUUGAGAAUUACGGCAGAUCCAACAGCAUGAGUGCCUCGCAACAAAUGCGAAAAUCCAAUUCCAAUGGUUUGCAAAUGAGUCGGGAAGGUGUAGUGGAUUCUGGUUACAGUAAUUUGGACAAGCUACAACAGUUUUCCAGAGAUGUAACUUCUCACCUGUGGCUGAAUCUUUUGGACAAAAUAGCAGUGCCUCUCAAGAGGGCUCUACUGGUACCGCAAUUGUAUCCCACCACGUUCCUAUUAUCAGCCGACAUCUUCUCGUAUGUUAUGUGUCUUACUGUGCUGCCCGGCUUGGCUGUGAGUCACCAUGCCAUUAAAAAUGCCGAGAUACCAUUUCUAUUUUCCCUGUUGGCUUUUCCUUGGAUGUGUUUUUCGUUAAUGACUCCCCGCUUUGGCAAUAGCCUGUAUAAACAAAAGUUCCAGUGGCAUACGUUGGGAUGCAUUUCGAAAGGAUUGGCUCUGAUAUUCAUUAGUUUUUCUACCUCGAAGUUGUUGCUGAGUGUCUCCGCUGCCCUGCUGGGCUUUGGUCAAUCGGUAACAUUGUUUCUACAGGACUGGGUGCUACAAAUGUGUAUGAGUCGGGCACAGUGGCUGGCUAUACGAUACCCCCUGCAUUUUACCAACGGCCUUCUGAUCCUGGUUUGGGGUGCACUUGCCCACUGGGUGGUAGCUAACUUCACGUUUCAGGCCAGCGUUGGCUUAGCAGCAGGACUAUAUGCCAUAAGCAUAAUGCUUUGGAAUUUAGUAUAUUUGUGUGUUAGUUGUAGAAAUUAAAUAUUAAAGAAUUUCAGUAAAAGUAAUACACUCCAUUUAUGUAAAUCGGAUGUGUUGUUAAAUCUAAA